AUGGCCUCCUGGAUCAUCCAUCCGAUGGCAGACGAGAUGGCCGCGCGAGUACAGGCCGCCGGGUUCCCGGGAGAAAAACGAUUCAAGAGUUUAGCGCGUAAUAUUUCGCAAGGACACUCCCUCUCGAAGGAAUUCCGGCCAGUAGGAGUGCGGGUAGCACAGGAAGCGCAGCAGUUGGACCCCGCCGCGCCGGACGACGUCAUAAACGAAUGGCUCCAAAUCAAGUGUGCGUACUUCUGCCAAAACGACCGAAGGACCCGGGUCGUCGAGUACCGCUCCCAGGGGCUCCUCGCGACCACGGAGGCAUACGCCGAAUCGACCGGGGGUGGUAAGGAGGCACCGAGGGGUCCCGCUGCAUCAGGGUCGGAGCGUCGGGCCUUUUUCGUCAACUGCGUCGACAUGAGGGUCGAAGCCGCGUCCGCGGAUUCCGUACCGGUAGUCCCGGGGGUCAUGGACGACCCCGAUUUUGUAGAGACCAAAGCAUCUGCGGCCCCGGACGACGCACCUGUGACCAAAAUCAUCGUGCGGGUUGGCCCGGGAGACCACUGGACCACGGACCAAUUAUCAUACGACACCCCGCGGAUUCGGGAGCUCGUGUGGACGGAGAAGUCGGUCAAACAUCGGCCCGCUCGUCACGCGGAAGUGCGAAUUGACCCGUCCAAGAAGGCGGGGACGACGUCCGGGAAUCGCUGCGUGGCGGUCACCAGGGCCUUGGACGCCUCUCGGUGGCCUGCUACAUCGACCCGGUACCUUUCUUCACCUUUGCGACUUCCUCCUCGUGCGACCGCUGUUGUCGGUCCAGCUCGCCCGCCGGAGCAGCCGCCGGGGCUACGGGAGCCCUUCAACGCUCCUGCGUUCGGACCCGAGCAUGAGCAGAGGAGGCUGCCUGAUUCGUCCCGGCUAGUGCCUCAGUCUGACGACCCCGAUUUUGUAGAGACCAAAGCAUCUGCGGCCCCGGACGACGCACCUGUGACCAAAAUCAUCGUGCGGGUUGGCCCGGGAGACCACUGGACCACGGACCAAUUAUCAUACGACACCCCGCGGAUUCGGGAGCUCGUGUGGACGGAGGGCUGGGUCAUCCCGGACCCACGCCUCUAG